UGAUCGAGUCGAUUCUACACAUGCCCAAUACACAGAAGCCUCAAAUCGUGAGCAUGAACAUGAGCCUGAUAUUAAAAACCCAAAGCCUUCAGUUUCAUUUCAAUUCAGUUGGCUGUUGGCGUUCAGUCUUAAAUUUUCACAAUUCACUCUCAUAUAAAUCUUAUAUAUAUAAUACAAUAAAAAUAUAUCCAUUUUCGUGUCAUCGUACCCAUGUGCUCAAACAAAGAAACAAAGAACUUUUUUUUUAGUGAUUUAAAUUUAUAAAUAUUUAAAACCGAGUUUAAAGAAAAAUCUUUUUAAAUAAUUACUCAUUAUUUAAGUAAGCUUUUGUUAUUUUAAAUUAUUAAGUUUUGUGUAUCAGUUAAUAAAGAUCUUAUGUGCGGUCGAAAGCAAUUGCGUUGCCAGAGGAGAAGAAAAAGGUGCGAGAAUUGCCGGAAGUCGGAGUCUAUGAACUCCGAAGAGGCCAACGACGACGAUUGGACUGAUAAUUGGUUAUUUAUUAGUUUAUUUAAUUAAUUUUAACUUUGCUUUUUUUAUUUUUUAUUUUUCAUUUUGUUUCGUUUGAUUUUUUUUUAAUUUUUUCUUUGGUUUAUAGUUGAAACAAUUUAAAUUAUUGUUGAAAAAAAGCAACAAAGAAAUUGUUUUGUUUUGAAUUACAAAUUUUUUCAAACGGGUUUUGUGAAAAACAAAAAUAUAUUUGUUUUUUUUUUUUAAAUAAAUAAAUAAAUAAAUAAAUAAAUAAAUUUAAAAAUGAUUGGUGACAAAGAAGUUGACAAUGGAAUUAAUAUUAAAAUUGGAAAGGAUAAUAAUGAUGGUAAAGGGAAAUAUCGACCUAUUUCAAUGAAACAAGCGCAAGAAAAUAGAAAUGGAGUUAAUGGACACGUAAAAAAUGUCAAUGGCGCAUUACCUGAAGGAGAAUGGGUUCCACCUGAUGGUGGCUGGGGUUGGCUGAUUCUAUUGGCCGCCGUGAUGGUAAAUGUUCUUAUACCAGGAACAAUUAAAUCAUUUGGUGUUCUAUUUGUUGAAUUCCUGAACGUCUUCGAAGGUGGCCGAUCAAUGGCCGCAUGGAUUCCAGCGCUUUGUUAUUUUCUUUACAGUUCGCUGGGACCACUGUCGAGUAUUUUAUCUGUUAAAUAUUCGUACCGCACAGUCACAUUGAUUGGUGGGACAUUUGCAGCUGUUGGAAUGAUGCUUAGUUAUUUUGCAAACUCUAUUAUAUAUCUUUGUGUCAGUUAUGGUGUCUUUCUGGGUAUUGGUGCUGGUUUAGCAUUUCCGCCAACUGUUUAUAUUGUUACGUCUUAUUUUUUGAGACUAAGAGGGUUCGCUAAUGGUCUUUGUAUAUCAGGAAGUGCAUUGGGAUCCAUAUUUUUACCACCACUCUUAAAUUAUUUGUUACAAGAAUUUGGAUACAGAGGCGCAGUUUUAAUCAUGGGUGGUAUUCUAUUGCAUGUAUGGGCCGCAGCGCUUUUAUACGAACCUCUAGAAAAACAUAUGAAAUUCGUGCCACUAGAAAAGUUAACUAACGAACAAGUUGCCGAAGCUGAAGAAGAAGAAGAAGAAGCAGAAGAAACCGAUCAGCUUAAUCACACUGAAAACUACAAAAAUUCACUUCUCAUAAUCCCUUCAAUAAAAACCGAAAAGCAACCGCUAAACAAUACCAACAACUUAUCGCCAAAAGUAAAAGCCGUACCAAAAAGCGCGUCGAGCGUCGCAUUAGAAAACUACAAAAACACCCCCGUACAAAGUAGAACUCGUAAAAUAAGUAUGCCAACAAACCGGGAAAUAACCUCGCAAAUGCACAGUACUCCAGCAUUACAUGCCGUGCCAGAACGCAGUAGUUCAACAGUGCGCCGUAAAUCGACAUUACGUUCCCCAAGUAUUUCAUCAUUUAAUUACAUAAGUACGCCCUAUCAUGGCAGUACAUUGUCCGCAUUACAGCCAGAAUAUGCGUCAAACUUAACAUUAAACGCUAUUUCGAGUACAUUCCGUAAAUCGCCUGAAAAAACAAUAAAACCUUCGAACAAUAGUAAAAACAAUACAGCUGAAAAAGCAAAAACAAAGUUCUUUGACUUAUCGCUCUUGAAAGACCCGAUUUAUCUUGUUAUCUUAAUAUCGAACUCAACAAAUGCCGUUAGUUAUACUAAUUUCAUUAUUUUACUGCCAGUCUACGCUAUUUCUUUAGGUUAUGACAGAAAUCGCGCUAUUGUAUUGCUAUCAUUGAAUUCGGCUUUUGAUUUAGUCGGGCGUAUUGGCGGCUCAGCGUUGUCGGAUACCAAAAUGAUGCCGAAGCACUGGUACUUUGUCGGCGGGUUAUUAAUAUCAGGCAUUGCGCUAACAUUAAUGCCAACUUCUACGAGUUAUACGAUGCUGGCAAGUUACUGCUGUAUUUUCGGGUUAUCCUCGGGUAUUUACGUUGGUGUCACUGCUGUUAUUAUGGCGGACAUGUUGGGCACGGAAAAGUUAACCUCUUCUUAUGGUAUUUCUUUGUUUGUUAAUGGAAUUAUACAACUUGUUGGACCGCCAAUUUGUGGCGCGAUUUUUGAACAUAUCGGUAGUUAUGGACCAAUCUUUGGUAGUUUAGGUAUUGUUUUAAUUGCUGGCGCGUCAUUGUGGGCUUGCGUUCCGUUUCUUAAAAAACGCCAGGCUAAUAAUCUUGAAUUGCAAGCUAGUAAAGUUUAAUAUGACGCCUACUUUGUUACUUUUUUUUUUUUUAUUAAUUUAGGGGUCGGUUUUUUUUUUUUGUAUAUUCUUAAGUGAUUACUGUAUUGGAUAAAAAUAACCGACCCUCGUAAAUUAAAUUAAAGUCACUGCCGUUUUUUUUUUAUUUUAUAAAAAUUUAUUUUAGUUAGAAUUUUUUAUCUCUCGCGAUUAUUGCGCUUGAAAUUUGUUACAUUUAAACUUAAUUGUAGUUAGAUAUAAUUAAAAUUGUUCAUGAAGAAAGUUUAAGACAUUAAUGUCUUGCCUUAUUAACUAUAAUGUGUAAUUAUAAAUUUAUAUAAAUAAGUUAAUGAGUAAAUAUAUAGGUAGAUUAUAUAUUCAUACAUAAAUGCACAUAAUUGCAAAAUCAUUAUUUUUUUUAUUAUUUUGUAGGAAAAUGAUAAUAAUUAAUGAAAUAGACUCAAAAAAGAUUAUAAAAUAAAAUUUAAGUCUUAAUUAUAAUUAUUAACUUUAAGUAGGUACUUAUAUUGAAAUAUUACGUAAGUAGAAAGCACAAUAAUUUUUAGGGACCGUACGUAAAAUUUUUUCGCACUUAUGGGAGGUCGCGACGAUCGCAGCUUAUGAAACAAUUUUUCAAAUUUUUCUUGGUUGUUUUUUUAAUUUCAUUUUUUUACGAUAGAAAGUCAUUUUUUCAUAUUUAUGUAUAUACAUAUUUCUAUGUAUCUAAUUCUGUCAUAAUGGAGGGGGGAGGGGUAAGAAGUAAAAUUUUGCGUGACGUAUUUUAUGAAGUGUCUUUAUAUUAUUUUAGAUAAAUUUUUUUUACAAAAAAAAAUUAUGAUCCUGAAGUUGGCAGACAUUUAUAAAUUUUUGGAUUUUUUUUUUUCAACAAAUUUACUUCAAAAAAAAGAAAAACUAAAAAUAUGCACAUGUUGAAAAUUUAAAAAUCUAUAAGUGCAAUUUUUUGAAAAAAUUUUUUUUUUUAUAAUUUAUCAUUUUUAAAAUAAUUCAAAAAUUAUCAGACGUCGGCUAACCAGUAUCAUAAAAAAUUGAUCUUUUUUUUUGUUAUUCAGUUAAUUUAAAGUAAUUAUUUAUAAAAUAAUUAAGGAACUAAAUAUUAAAUUUAAAAAAAAAAUGUAUUUUUUGUGAUAAUUAUAAAAGAAAAUGUUGAGUUUUAAAUGAAACGAAUUAUUCACCUAUGCUAGAAGUAUUUUAUUCAGGGAAUAUAUUUGCAUUUUUAAAUUACGAAAUUUGAUUUAAUGACAAAAUAAAUAAAUCGCUCAAAAAUUAUUCAAAUAAUAUAGAUCAAAUUUUCGCUUUUGCGAUUGCGCAU